CCUUCAUUCUCACGUUCUGUUCCCCGACUCCUCCGCCAGUCCUCCAUUUUCAGGCAGGUAGAGCUGCUUCUGCUUAGGUCCAAAACCCUACUUGAAUCAUCUGAAAUCUCAGUAUUUUAUUAUCUGAUUGACCUUCUUCAAGCCAGAGCUUUGUCUCAGUUAUGACGUCAAUCAACUUCAAUCCCUUUGAAAAUUGGUUUUCGAAACCUCCUAAUCCCAUUCCUCCUCUUAAUCUCAUUGCAUUUAGAGAUUCGUUGUCUCAGAAAUCCUCUACGUCCCCAAAUUUUGCUUCAAGAAGUCUCUCAAAUCUCUUCAGGAAGCCAAAGAAAGCACCCGAACCGGGGUAUUACGAAAAAAUGCUAGAACAAUUCUACUGGGAAUGCGAUAAUUUACCCGACUACAGACAUGCUCCCGAGGUUGAGAAAAUUCUCAAGGAAGAUCCCCUUUUCGAGAACAAAGAGAAUCCUACGCAAGAGGAGCUCGAAAAGAACGAGAAACUCUGGAAAGCGAUACGAGAUAGCCCUGUUGUGCAAUUUCUGGAACGUGCGGAGGAAAUUGAAGCCAAGCACAAUGAAAUGAAGCUCAAAGAAAACGAGAAUCCAUUCAGAAACGAGGACAAGGAGCUGUGGAGGGCAAUUCCUCAUGUGCCUGGUCUUGAUGGGCGGCCUAUGCCGAGGAAAGCGAUAAAGUCAAAAAGAGAAUCCGACGCCAAGUUCUGGGAUUUUGCCAGACAGUUCUUUUUUGGGCUCUGGGGCUUCCGUCAAAGACCUUAUCCACCUGGUCGCCCGAUCGAUGUUGCUCAGGCCAUUGGGUAUAAGCACCUCGAGAGGCGGUACUAUGAUUUUAUAAUGAGGAGUGGAGGUUGGUACUAUAAGGAUCGGUUAGGUCGUACUCGGGGACCAUUGGAACUAAUUAACCUGAAAACAGCCUGGGGUGGUGGGAUUAUUGACAAGGAUACAUUUAUCUGGGGGGAGGACAUGGACGAAUGGGCGCCAAUUCACAUGGUUUACGGGUUGGAGCGUGCAAUUGCCACUUGGGAAGUUAGACUUGGUGCUGCUGCCACUGCUUUUCUUCACAAAUUGCAGAAAGGCAUACCUCCAUGGGUUCCUGUUAAGGGACAUGAGAAGAAAACCUACAAGCAACUGCAACAAGAGGCUUUAGAGAGCAAGAGACGAGAUCUAGCAGUAUUAGCAGCUAAUGACGGUGUUUGGCCAGGCGUUAGAAUUCCUAGCCAUGCACUUUUUCUCUGGGCAAGUGGAACGGAACUGACAUCCAUUUUGGAGGCAGAUCACAUGCCAAACAAGUACAUCCCGAGGGAUCUAAGGUAUAAAUUAGCUAAAAUUAUACCCGGGUUAAGACCAUGGGAGGUUUUAAGCGUGGAGCAAGCAAUGGACCACCUAACAUAUAAUGGCGAAUGGCAUCGUGAACCUCUUGGAUCAUUCAAUACAGGUCCUCCAUACAUCAAGGAAUGGAAUAGAGAUAUAUGGGAAUUUUUAAAGAUUUACAUGGAUGUCAGCGCUCUGUUUUACAGCGAAAUGGAGGAGGUGGUUCGUGGUUUCAGAAAAAUAAUGGACAAGGUUUCGGCCAAUAUCACUGCCAGAAGAAUUAGGCGGAAGCAGAGGAAGUUCGCGAUGGAGAGAGCUGAAUCAUUGGGAUAUGACUUCAAAAAAAUCAAAUACGAUCCAUAAAUUAUCAUUCUCUAUCGGGAUUAAGGGAGUGAUUUCCAAAAAAUCUAAGUCUCGUCCAAACUUGAUUGUAGUUUUCACAUGUAGGUGAGUUUCUGAAUUGGAUUAGGAAGCUCAGAUCCUCACCGUCCAAAGAACCCCAAUUGGUCUUGUUUGUGACAUUUUUGGGUUCCUUUUGUAACAUUUAAGCAGUAUUUUCAAGGAUAAACGUAAAGUAAAUCUUGAGUAGUUUCACAUAAACACAAUGGUCAUUAUGUUUGCACAAAAAUGGUUUCAAUACCAUAAUGUCAAGUGCUUAUCUAAUAUUUCAAGCUUUAAGGGGAAUCAAAAUGUAAAUUAUUAGUGAUUAUAAGUUUGAAUAUUAAUUUGGGUCCCUAUUUUAUCC